AAGUCAGAUCAGACUUCCACGAACAAAGAAAGAGACUUCAGAUUUCAACACCCUACAGCCUUCAUUGCCUGAAAGGAUUUACAGCGGUAAAUAGGUACUUAAGUCUCCUCCAAGAGGCCAGGUGGAAAUACUCCGAAUUGAUUUCCCCGGAACGAACCUCUACUAAGGGGCACAACUAAUCUCGGCAACAUGGAGGGACGUUACAACCCGUUCGAAGACCCAGACACCAUCCCAGUCUACCAAAUUUUCCUACUGUUUAUUACCUUCGUAGGCCCUCCUACAUUUCUUUUCGUUCUCUUUGUCAGACGCACUGCAACGCGCCCACAUUUACAUCACACAGCGACUGUUCUUGUACUGGGUGACAUUGGUCGAAGUCCCCGAAUGAUGUAUCAUUCGGAAUCGCUAGCGAGACAUAAUUGGCGCACUUUUAUGGUGGGGUAUGCCGAGACGCCACCUACAUCAGCUUUACUUGAAAAUCCAAUGGUACAUCUUUUGGGUCUGAAAGAACCGCCCAAGAUGGUGGGACUUUUGCCGUGGAUUUUGAGAGCUCCAAUCAGGAUUAUAUAUCAGGUAUUCUCAGUCAUUCACACCUGCAUUUGGAGAGUUCCCUGCAAUACAGAAAUCCUCUUGGUACAGAAUCCCCCUUCGAUUCCUACACUGGCACUUGCACAGUUUAUCUGUCUCGCCACCAAAACGAAAUUGAUCAUUGAUUGGCACAACACCGGGUAUUCUAUCCUUGGACUGAGGGUGGGAGAAGGUUCGAGACUUGUCAGAAUUGCCAAAUGGUUUGAGUCAACAUUUGGGCAAACAGCGUACGCACACCUCUUUGUGACCAAGGCUUUACAAGAAUUUCUGAUAAGAGAAUGGGACCUAAAGGGACGGACAUCCGUUCUUCACGACAGACCGCCUACCCAUUUCCACCGCACAGUGCCCAUGAUACAGCACGAACUUUUCUCGCGCCUUUUGCCUGAACUGAAGCCUUCCCUCCCUCCUUCACAUCUUGAUACCAAUGAUCCCACUCAUACAGCCUUCACCGAAAUUUCUUCUGAAGGUCUGGCCGUAUUGAAACACACUAGACCGGCAUUGAUCAUCUCUUCCACUUCAUGGACAGCCGACGAAGAUUUUUCGCUACUCAUCACGGCUCUCGAUCUGUACCAAUCGGCUGUAGAUUCUGGAUCCGCUCUUCCCAAACUUGUUGUUCUUAUUACAGGCAAGGGAGCCCUUCGCGCUCCGUUCGAAAAUAUUGUGAAAUCCAGGGAAAUUUCAAAAUGGAAAGAUAUCACCGUGCGCUGUGUUUUUGUCCCUGCUCAAGAGUAUCCUCCCCUUCUGGGCUGUGCCGAUCUGGGUGUGAGUUUGCACACUAGUAGCUCGGGUAAGGACUUGCCCAUGAAGGUGGUCGACAUGUUCGGAUGCGGUGUUCCCGUACUAGCCAAAGACUUCCAGUGUAUCAGUGAAUUGGUGAAAGACGGGGAAAACGGGAAAGUUUUCGGUACUGGGGAGGAGUUAGGCGAGCAAAUGAUAGAUAUUCUUUCUUCAUUCCCGUCCUCGGAGAAGCUAGACGAUCUUAAAGGUUACUUUGAUCGAAUGAACACGCCGAGACGAAGAGCCACCUUGCCCACUGCUGACGUCGGAGAGGAUGAAUGGUCCAAUUGGGAUGAUAACUGGGAUAAUGUGGUUUAUAAUGGGAUUUUGAACAAGAUCAGACGUUAAAAUGCCUGUGUAUGCUCGCGUUAUUAGGAUCAGGUUGGAUGAAUCUCUUGACAAUGUAUG